AUGGCUACUGCUCGCGCUUUAAGAAGAGAUCUUACCAUCGAGGAAUGGGAGUCUUUCGAGUUCCGAUUCGGGUUCAUUCCCGAACACGGCAUGCAAAUUCCCUUACAUGAUGCCUCUUUGUACAGUCCUCCAGAGGUCAAAGUUGGGAUCCCAAUCUCCUUGUUUGAGGUAGGUCUACACUUGCCUUCCACCGUUUUCUUCAACAUGAUAAUCCUGGAAUACAUGUUUUUAGUAAGGGAGUUGACCCUUAUCAUUAUAAACAAGAUAAUCAGAUUGGAACUCCUUUGUUGUGCCCUAGGCUUCUUCCUGACCCUUCUUGAUUUCAAGCACUUCUUUAACGCCUCCACUCAGUCGGGGACUCGAACCCUUUCUCGCCAUCGGGGAGUUCCUACUCUUAUCCACGAUAAGAAGUCUAAGAAGAACUGGCAAGCGAAAUUAUUAUGGAUGAACAACGAUCUCGUAGUACUUAGUUACCCGAGGACUAAGUUGUACAUUGACCGAGCCCCGGUGUUGUUUGGCGCUGACAAGGAACUGGUUGAUGCCCUGGAGAAGAUCAGCAUCACCGAUAAAGAUUGGCUUGACUGUUUCUUGGCCGUCGGUGAGAUGAGUGCUGCUUGGAGGGCUCGUAGGAAGAUUCCUGAAUUCUUUGUUGAGAAAGAUGGUGUGGAGGAGAUUAUUUAUUUAGAGAAACCUCUACUGGGUCUGUUCGACGGCGAGCUUCAGGUUCGUAACGUUGACCUAGUAGAGGCUCUUCCACCUCUUUUUUCUGGACAAGGACUCACGGCCACUGCCGCAUCUGACAGUGUUACCGUCGUUGGUAAGGAUCCGGACCUACAAGAUGUUGUCUUCAUUGGUGCUUCUGAGAAGGAUCCUACACCGUCCGGGUCCCCGAGGAGUCUUCGUUGGGUUAAGAGUGAUAGUGGCCAGUGGUUCCGCCUCUAUCCACUUGAUGAAAUAGUCUACGGCUACCAGCAAAAGCUUUACGCCUCCUCACGCUGGUGGAAAUGGUCCCACUAUAUCGAUCCCCCAUUAGUGGAAAGGCCAAGGGCUAGUGAAUCUUAUCAGUGGCAUGGCUCGUUGAUUUUGGAAAGGGGCGAAUGCUUGGCAUUCCUUUCAUUUCUUGGUUAA